CGGCGACCGCAGCACUUCGGCCUCACUCGUCUCUUUCCGCUGCGGCGGGCUGCCGCCUUUGGGUCCGCGCGCGUCGCCCGCUCAGCCCUGCCCAUGUCGGACGUGCUGGCUGCUGCCGCCGGCUCCCGCUUUGAGCCCCCGGCCACUGGGACGCCGGGCGGCUGCGGCGUCCCCGGACCCCGGCACCUCUCAGAAAAUGACAGCUCAGCCCUAAAGACAGAGCCUGGAGAUCAGCUGGCUGAUUCUUUGGAGUCUAGCACUAAUCAGAACAGGUCACAGAUUGGGUCGCUCCUGAAUGCUGGCAUGACAGAGGAUUUGAAGCAAGAAGCUGGCACUUUGAAGGACCAGGAAGUGUCUGAAGCAAAAGAGAAGCUGCCUGACCAAAUCCAGUCUCUCAAAGAGAAAGCUGUUAGGAUAACCAACUACCAUGUUCCUCAAGGAGCAGGGGAUAUAGUUAUGAUUCAAUCAGAUCACACUGGUGCUGUGGAUAUCCUUUCAGCUGAGCUGGAGACUGCAGACCUCCUUGGGGAGCAGAGAAAAGCUCAGCCUCCCCCUCUGGCUCCACCCACCAUGUGGACCACUGAGAAGAUGAAGGAAUUCAAGGCCAAGAUGGGAAAGGAGAAGAACGGGCAGAUGGUGGUGAAGCGAGGCGAGGUGGUGACGGUCCGUGUGCCAACGCAUCCUGAUGGAAAAUGCAUUUGCUGGGAGUUUGCUACAGAUGAUUACGACAUCGGAUUUGGAGUCUAUUUUGACUGGACCACAGUUACGAGCACGGCCAUUACUGUGCAGGUCAGCGAAUCCAGUGAUGAGGAGGAUGAAGAGGAAGAGGAUGAAAUUGAAGGACUCGCCCCUGUUGGUGAUGUAGAGAGAGGCUCUAAGAGCUACCUGCGGAACCGCUAUGGGGAGAUCCUGCCUGUGUACCGAAGGAACAGCCACCGGGAGGUGCAGGCAGGCAGCCACGAGUACCCAGGCGAAGGCAUCUACCUGCUGAAGUUUGAUAACUCCUACUCCCUCCUCCGCAAUAAGACUCUGUUCUUUCAUGUCUAUUACACUAGCUGAAGAAACAGGAAGGGGCAGGGACAGCAGGCAGGUAAUGGUGAGUGCAGCAGGCUGCCACCCAGCCCUGAUACUGCCUGAUGGGCACUGUUGUGUGACAGAACUAAGGCACAAUUCUGCCGGCUUCUCUUCAGAUGCUAACUGGUUUCUCCCCACACCCUCCUUGUCCGCUGUCCCAGUGGAGAAAGGUAGCUAUUACCACAU